AUGGAAUAUCUAAUAAACACAGGAAAUGAACAAAUCUGGAUUGAUGCUCCUGCAAACGAGAUUUUAAAAAAUAAAAGAAAUAAUUAUGAAGAACAUUUAUUUCAGCGUUAUAACAAAAUUCAUUAUAAUCAUAAUGUUGUAAAUUGUACAAUUUUUUUAGAAAAAUAUAAUUAUGAAUUUUUUUUUGAUUAUUUAGUUAAGGAUGAUAAGGAAGAAUACGGCCCUAAGGUACAACACAAGGUUCCUAUGGGAACUUCAAAGAGAAAGCGAAUGUACAAUGAGUCUUGUGCAGGUGUCAUGCACAAUCUGGAGGUGAUAAAUCCUCAAAAGAGUUAUAAUCCCGAUGGGAAUACUAGUUAUGCUAUCCUGAUGAAUUACAACAAUGCAAUGGAGAGGAAACAAUUACAUCGUGGUCGUAUCAUCCAAAAAUUAAAAAAAAAAUACACCAUUUUGAAUGUAACUCCAGGGAGUUCUUUAUGUACCACUACAUAUCCGAAUAAAAAGUUAAAGGCAUGCUUGCUAAAUUCAGAUCAUUUAACAUGUUCCACAAAUAUAAAUCCAAAUGAAAACAAUUUGAAAUCAAAUUUUUUUUUACAUUCAAGCAAAGAAAAUGAAGAAACUCAUUUUCGAAAGGAAGUAGAAGAUCCUACUAACAAAAUGGUUUUAUCUCCCAUUCAGAUUUUUUCAAGGGAAGUAGAUCCUAAUAUUGUUUCCUCUGUUAACACGUCUGAGUGUUGUCCGCAUGUAAGAAGGACUCCGUUGGUGGAUUUUAUGAUGCAUUGGAGAACGCACGGUAAUUGUGCUGAAUCGAAGGAUGAAAAGGGUUGCAGUGGUGACAGCGGUGGUGGUAGUAGCAAUGGUGGUAGUAGCAGUGGUGGUAAUAACAGUGGUGGUAACAGCGGUGGUGGUAGUAGCAAUGGUGGUAGUGGAGAAAACAUGGCUAACAGUGGAGAUGAUGGAAAUGGAAAUCGUGAAAAUGGAAGUGGUGGAAACGGCAGAAAUGGAAAAAAUGAGGAUUUCGAUGAUGAGAAUCAGAGGGAUAAUGAAGAUAAGGAAGAUGAAGAGGAAAGGAAAGAGGACAAGAAUAAAAAUAAUGAAAAUAACAUGACAGAAGAUUUUGGAAGCAGCAUGAAUAACAUGUGCAUGAGGACCAAUGAUACAGAAAUGGAUUGUGUCAGAAACGUGAACACAACCGUUAAUCAAGAUUUAGAUAUAGAUGAGCGGAGUGGAGAUCACGUGAUGGAUAACAUGGAGAAUAGUGAACAUAACGAAAUUUUAGAUCAAAAAAAAGUAAUAACAAAUGACCAAGGAGAAAUGCUAAUAGAUGGUAUCUGUAGAAAUAGCAUUGGCGAUAAUAACCGUAAUUGCAAGGGAGACGAUGGAUCUCUAAAUUUUUCCCUACAGAAUAAGAUUCUAAUGCAAAACAUCGACAGUGGUAGUAUAAACAACACAACGGCAAGUGCUGAAGGAACGAUUUCCCAAAGUGGGAACCCAUUGAUAGGGAAUAAGAAUACAAAUAUGAAUGAUUUAAGCACUGUUAUAGGAAACACCAAUAUGAGUUGUACUGACAAUAAAGCUUUUAUAUCGAACACACAAAUGAUGUAUAUAAACAAUCCCAAUGAUUCAUAUAACUCGUGGGGUAGUAACAAAGGAUUGAAGUUGAACAAAACGAAUGAUGUGAAUUGUACGAGUGAGAGUGGAAGAACGAAGAGAAUAAAUUUUAAAGAAAUGAAUGAAGAUUUGUCUGGAGAUACGCAAAAAAAAGAUAAAGGAAAAACUGAAAUAGUGGAAAAUUCAUUAAAAAAUGAAGAUAUUAAUUGUCUAAGCAAUGGUAUUAAUAUGAACAGCAACAAUAUGAAUAUAUAUCAUCCACAUGGAAUGAAUAACGUGAAUCCAUUUUUAAAUAGUAACAUGAAUCGAAUGAACAAUUUUAAUUUCAUGAAAGGCAUUAAUAACCAAUACAACACCAUGAACAUGCAAUCGAUCAUGAAUGUCGGUGCAAAUUCCUACAAUUUCCACAUGGCUCCUCCUCAGCCUUAUCUCAAUAUGAAUAUGAUUAAUUCUGUUGGCAUCAUGGGUGGAACUGUUACUAAUGGACCUAGUGCCGGGGGUUCCUUUAUGUCGAAUGGUCCCAUGGGUGAGAUGCACGCAGGGAUGAUGAGCGGUAUGGCAAGCGGUAUGACAAGCGGUAUGGCAAGCGGUAUGACAAGCGGUAUGGCUAGCGGUAUGGCUAGCGGCAUGGCAAGCGGUAUGCCAAGCGGUAUGGCUAGCGGCAUGGUAAAUGGCGUGGAUAACGGCUUCUCUAACAACUUCACAAACGAUUUCUCAAACAACUUGGACAAUGGAAGGGGUAGCUCCCAUGUGAGUAACCUUUUUAUGACAGACCAGAGUAGGGGAUCAGGUGGAACGCACGCACUCGGAUUGAAGAACGCAAAAAGUGUUAACCCAAAUGAGUGUGAAAAUGGUAAAAAAAUGGGUACCAACAACAACAACGGCUCCAGCAGCAACAGCAACAACAAUAACAAUAACAACAAUUAUUCGAACAACUGUUCGAGCAACUGUUCGAAGAACAGCAGAAAUGCAAACAAAAUGAAUAGUAAUAAUGAGAAUGGGAAAAAUGGAAUAAAAAAUUUAAAAAUGGAAGAUAUAAAUUUUAACGAAAAUAUAAAUUUGAAAAAUAUUGAUGGCCUUGAUUUAAGCAUAAAUUUUGUAAAUGGAAAAUACUGUUCCAAAUUACAAUCUAAUGAAAAAAUUUACAACAUUGUUCAUUACAUUGUUAAAAAUUCCUUAGUUGAUUAUCUGCUUGAUUUCUACAAUAACGACAGUUUCAUAUAUAGAGAAAAAUCUGAUUACUCAGCUGAUAACAGCAGCACAGAAAAUAACAAUGUCAAGAGCGCUCACAUUGAAGCCGCUGGUAAUUCUGCAGUUGAUAGUACCACGAUAGAGACUAAAGGCCUUGAUCAACUGAAGGGUAGAAGCUCUUCUGAUGGGCAGAGUCAAGAAAUGGAAAAUGUUAUGAAUGUAAGGGAUGGAGAUGGGGGUGAUAAUGUGGGUGGAAAUGGUGAAGUGAGUGGAAGUGGUAAUGUGAAUCGAGAUGGUGAUGAAAAUGAAGAAACGAAGGAAAAGCAAGUACACGAGCAAGGAAAAGAAGAAAAUAACGAGAACACCAUUGAAUCAGAUGCCAAGAAAGGCUAUUAUGUUGAUCCAGAUGAUUCAGCAAAAGGACAAAUAGAACCGCAAGAUGAACAUGUGGAUGGCACACAGGAGAAGAAGGAAGAAAACAAGGAGGAAAAGGAGGAAGAAAACAAGGAGGAAAAGGAGAAAGAAAACAAGGAGGAAAAGGAGGAAGAAAACAAGGAGGAGAAAAAGGACGAUAUUUUGAUUAGUAAAAGUGGAGAAAAUGAUAUGGAUGAAAGUAACAAAUCUAUCUUGAUAGAAAUAACGAAAAGCAUAUGUUCAAUAAUAAAUCUACAACAACUUGCUCCUGUUAGUACCAGGUUAAGUAACCCUAAUUUAAUAUACGAUCCAAAUUAUGAAAUUAUUUAUGGCAAAUGGAAAAAUUUUUUGCGGAAAGAACAAUCUAGUGGUAAAGUAAUCAGCAUGUGUUUUUCGAGGGAUUUUUUGUACACAAUUUUGUUGUGUAAUUAUGUCACCAUAAUUGAAGACUUAAAAAAAACUGCGGUAAAAAAAAAAUUAAAAUAUUUCUUUCUUCAUCUUUGCUUGGAAUCUGGUCUUGCCAUCAAUAUCUCCUUGAUGUUGUUCAUCAAUGCCACGAAGCAGAGUAACAAGCUUCAGUCGCUUCUACCAUCGGAAACAGGAUUGGGAUACCUACACAGAGACGCAGGAGGAGCCAAGGAAGAAAACAUGGGAAUAAUAACCUUCGAGUGCAUAACAAAUGAUAGAGAACCGGAUCACAUGAUUAAACUGAUAACGCUAAAAAAUAUUUUUUCAAGACAACUACCAAAGAUGCCACGAGAGUAUAUAGUCAGACUUGUAUUUGAUAGAAAUCAUUACACAUUUUGUUUAUUAAAAAAAAAUACAGUAAUUGGAGGAGUAUGUUUUAGACCCUAUUUUGAACAAAGAUUUGCAGAAAUAGCAUUUUUAGCUGUUACAUCAACCGAACAGGUUAAGGGAUAUGGAACAAGACUCAUGAACCAUUUGAAAGAACAUGUUAAAAAAUUCGGUAUCGAAUACUUCUUAACAUAUGCAGACAAUUUCGCCAUCGGUUACUUCAGAAAACAAGGAUUUUCACAAAAAAUUUCAAUGCCAAAGGAACGAUGGUUUGGGUACAUCAAGGACUACGAUGGAGGAACCUUAAUGGAAUGCUACAUAUUUCCUAACAUAAAUUAUUUAAGACUUUCAGAAAUGUUAUAUGAACAGAAGAAGACGGUUAAAAAGGCAAUUCAUUUUAUUAAACCACAAGUAAUUUAUAAGGGAUUAAAUUAUUUUGUAGAAAAUAAAGGAAUGAAUAAUGUCAUACACCCUAGUAAUAUUCCAGGGUUGUUAGAAGUUGGAUGGAAAAAGGAGGUUAAAGAAAUUUCAAAAAAAAUUCAUAAUAAGGAAGUACAAUUAAAGGAUCAAAUUUUAAGUGUUCUAGACUUUUUAGAAAAGCAGCAAUCAGCUUGGCCUUUUCUUAAACCUGUUAGUUUAUCCGAGGCCCCGGAUUAUUACGACAUUAUAAAAGAACCAACUGACAUAUUGACAAUGAGGAGAAAGGCUAGACAUGGUGAAUACAAAACGAAGGAAGAUUUCGGAAUCGAACUCAAGAGGAUGUUUGACAAUUGUCGAUUGUAUAACGCACCAACAACCAUAUACUUCAAGUAUGCUAAUGAGCUACAGGCUCUUAUAUGGCCCAAGUAUGAAUGCAUAAGUGAUGGGGGAAGAUAA